CUUCCUUUUUAGUAAUUUCUGAGGCAAACGUCACUGUGAUCUCCUUUGAUAAGUAACCACUUGCUUACUCCAUAUUUGGUAACUCUUAUUUAAUGCUAAGGUCUCUGUCCAUUAGUCGUCCACAGCUGGGGAGAUUUGGGCUUCGAGCUCACAUUUCCAGCUUGGUAAAAUCGGAAAUGGCACCUCCAAUCUUGUCGCUGGUUCUUCCUUCGGAAACUGGUCGGGUUCUCAGCAUUCAGUCUCACACAGUUCAGGGAUAUGUUGGAAAUAAAUCAUCCGUCUUUCCCCUUCAAAUACUGGGUUUUGAUGUUGAUCCAAUCAAUUCAGUCCAAUUCUCAAAUCAUACAGGAUACCCGACCUUUAAAGGCCAUGUUUUGAAUGGACAACAACUAUGGGAUUUAAUAGAAGGACUUGAAGCAAAUGACUUGCUGUAUUAUACUCAUUUGUUAACAGGUUAUAUCGGUUCAGUUUCAUUUUUGAAUGCUGUGUUGGACGUUGUCAGUAAGCUUCGUUCCAUAAAUCCAAAACUUACAUAUGUUUGUGACCCAGUAAUGGGUGAUGAAGGAAAGCUUUAUGUUCCACCAGAGCUAGUAGCUGUAUAUCGCAAGAAGGUUGUUCCAGUGGCUUCAAUGUUGACCCCUAACCAGUUUGAAGCUGAACAGUUGACUGAGUUCAGGAUUGUGACUGAAAGAGAUGGCCGUGAAGCUUGUAACAUUCUUCAUGCCACUGGACCUUCAAAGGUUGUAAUUACAAGCAUCAAUAUAGAUAGCAACCUUCUCCUUAUUGGCAGUCAUCAAAAGGAAAAGGACCAACCUCCUGAGCAAUUCAAGAUUGUGAUACCCAAAAUCCCUGCUUAUUUUACGGGAACUGGCGAUCUCAUGACUGCACUUUUGCUUGGAUGGAGCAACAAAUAUCCCGACAACCUUGACAAGGCGGCUGAACUUGCAGUAUCAAGUUUGCAGGCACUUCUGCAGAGGACAUUGAAUGACUACAAAAGAGCAGGAUAUGAUCCCCAAUCAAGCAGUUUGGAGAUCAGGUUAAUCCAAAGCCAGGAUGACAUUCGCAAUCCUCAAGUUAGAUACAAAGCUGAGAAAUAUCACUAAAAUGGAUAUGACGAGCAGACAAAAUUACCGUGAUUACACAAGUCCAGGCCCUCUUGAUCAGUCUUUAUUGACACAAUAGCAGUCUCAUAGAUCAUAGUAUGUUUCGAAUGAGAAAAUUGAAAAUGAGUCACUACAUUGUAGCGAUCUGUGAGUGUUUUGAAGCAGGAUUUUCACCCUUGUAUCGAUGCAU